UGGCUGAAAUGGACCGGCUGAUUGGCAGCUUGGAGGACGAGGGGUUCAAGGGCAAAAUGACCCUUGGGUUAAAAAAAUUCGGGAUGGCCAUUGUUAAGUACUGGAAACGAUUGAAAGCAAAAUCCACGCCACAGUGUUUCAAGAUACUAGCUGAGAGGAUUCCUAUUACUAGGAAUGACAAGGAAUGUCGAGGUAUGUAAAUAAUAAUGUAACUCAUUCAUUAGAGUGUUUUCGCUGUAGGUUCUUAAUGAUGUGUACGUGUGGAAGUUGUGUUGACACCAUCAGUCGUUGCAUUCUUUUGUCAGCCUCCAUUGUUACACAUUUGCUACUUGUAGACCCAAUUCCAGACGUUCUCUUUAUCUUUCUUUAUUGCAUUAUCAAUCAUCUGUCAAGUCGGGUGCUGUACAAAUUUGACCUAUGGCCUAAUGUGAUGCGGCUAUCUAUUGUUUAGUUUAAAUUGAUCUACAUCCUGCAUUGUUUUUGUUUGAUUCAGCCUACGACGCCAUGUGAUGUAGCACCCGACUUUACAAAUGAUUGAUAAUUUUUGUCAUGCAUGCCAACCAGUGUGAAUUUCACAUAUUUUGUAAAUGCUCUUGUAAGUAUCUGUUCAAUUUUGUGACAUUGUCAUGUUUAAUGCAGAAAUUGAUAAAAUUCAACUAUGAUAUUCAAAGUAUCUUUGUACAAUGGAUAUAAAGUGGAAAAUGGGAAAAUGUAUACUAUGUAUAAUGGAUAAAUUGGAGUGCUUUGCCAUAAACAUGAAGUUUCCCUUCUUUUGCAGAUGCUGUAACAAGAGCGGCCAUACUGUAAUCAUGAUACCAACAAUGUUCAGGGAGAAGAUUGGCAACAUCUUCAAGGAGCCUAAUAGUCCAGGAUAGAAAAGGCAUAACCUUGUUUUUUUAUAUAUACAAUAUUUUUUUAUGAUUUCUUGUCAAUUCGAGGGUGCUGAUUACGAAUCUGAAUGAUGCCACUCGUGGAAUCUUUCCGCAAAUUGGCAAAAUCCAAUAUGGCUGCCAAAAUAUGCAAAUUACCCAUGAAAAUUCUAAAAUUGUCUGCACAUUGGAUAUGAAAUGCAUAAAAUCAUGUGGCAGGAGUGAAAUACUCUCUGAAAAUAUUAUUUUUGACAAAAUAUUUAUUUUCCUGAUAUUCAAAAUGGCCACCACCCAGAUAACAAUAUCUCUUUUCAUUGACAAAUAUUUUUGUUUGUGUGCAUCUCACUGAAUGUACUGAAAACUUUAUUUAUAUUUAUUUAUUCAUUUAAUGGCGUAGAGUUCUGUUCACAGAUGAGAGCAGAUUUUCCCUUGACCACAAUGAUGGACGUUCGAGAGUCUGGAGGCGACCAGGAGAGAGAUUUGCAGACCCCUGUAUUGCAGAACAUGACCGUUAUGGGGGAGGCAGCGUCAUGGUGUGGGGAGGCAUCACCUACGCCAACCGUACUCGUCUCUACGUGGUCCCAGGGGGAGCAAUGACAGGAGUGAGGUACAGGGAUGAGGUCCUUGAACCUAUAGUGGUGCCAUUUGCAGAAAAUGUGGGACAAAACAUCAUUUUCAUGGAUGACAAUGCCCGUGCCCACCGAGCUAGGGUGGUGACCGAGUUCCUUGAGGGCCAGGGGAUUGAGCGUAUGGAGUGGCCAGCGAGGUCCCCGGACUUAAACCCAAUUUUCAGGAUGUGCAGUGAUGCGAGAGACAUUGUGCAACAACUGAAACCACCCAUGCGUGAAAUUGAUUACAGCGUGUUUAAGGACAUUUAGGACAGUUGUACUGAGGUAUUUCCAGAAAUAAAACACCUUGUAUAAAAUCUUUAUGUACGUUUUAAAAAGUGGUCCUUAACUUUUUUUGAGUAGUGUAUAUAAAUACAUGUUAAUUACCAAACUUUUACAAGUUCACAGAGACUUUGCUGUCUCACAUACAUGUAGAAAUUCAUAUUUGAGGAGUCAGAUACAAGAAUACUUUUUUUUAGUAUUAUUGCACAAAGAUCUCAUUUUUGGAUUGCGUACAUGUUCAAUGGAAUGUAUAAAACCUUAGGUGAAAUAUGUACUGUAGCUACACAAAGUUUUGCUGUUCCCAAUUCUUUGAUACAUUUUUUAUUUUGUUUUUGUCUUUAUUUUGUCACUGCGUUGACCUCAUAUACUUUUAUUUGUUUUCCAAUUUUAUAUUCCAGAUCAAACUAUGUAUGCCAAUAUUCUUAAGUUCCUUGUUGAAAUAAAACAACAAGUUCAGCAGAUUAAACUCUUGCUACAGAGGGUUGGUAAUUCAGGUGUGAGCUCUGAGGUGGAGGAGGAGGAUUUCUCUCUUCCUCUCACCUCACAGGAGCUCCUGGACCUAGAAGAAAAAUUAAGGGAUCAGACACAGAGAAGGAAGUUGACAGUGUUCCUUGGUACCUUGGUCGGGGCGACCCACAGAGAUAUGGUCAUGAGGAUCUUAAAGACCACCUUUACCGAUCAGUUUGCUGCCCAGCUCAAUUGGAAAGGGAAAGGGAACAAACUUGGUAUUGGAUCCCUUAUGCUUGCCAAGGUCAUAAGUAAAGCGGCAAGGAGAUGCUGGAGAGAAUCAACAGAUUCCUGUACCGAAGCCAUAAUUAAGAACUGGCUGAAAUAUGCAGGCGACCGCUCUGGGGGGAGGAAGAAAAGAGCUCAAGAAGCUGCUCGCAGAAAUGAUGCCGAAAUUGUACCACCACCAGCUGUCCAAGAUUCAGAUUCCGACUAACCCAUUCUUUAACUAAAAUACAUGCAUUCCAAUAUAGCCAGCAUAAGAGAACAGGUAACAUUGUUGCAGGUUGAUGACAAAAAACUGAUUGAUUUUUCAUGUGAAAUGUUAAUUAUAUUCCUAUUAUUGUACAAACCCUCUAGAAAGCUUUAAAAAAAUAUCUUAGACCACAACUAAAGUUGUGGUUUUCUUUGAAGGUGUUAUGUGCAACCCCAUCUAACUGUAAAUUCUCCCACCCAGUUUUUGAAUUCUCCCAACCAUUCUUCCUUAAAUCCUUCUUCCCAAAAUUCAACAAAUAUUUGUUGGCAAAAUACCACUUUUAUUAUAUAAUGAUGAGAAACAGCAUAUCAUUUAACACACACUUCUGCAAGGAUUUUCAGAACAGAUGUGUUUGAAGAAGAAUAUUGAUGAAAAAAAUAUAAAAUUUGGGUUUUGUGGUGUAUGCAGAAAACCAAAAUUUUGUAUUCUUUUGUUAGUAUUUGCCUUCAUACACAUUUGUUCUGAAAAUCCUUGCAGGAGGUUGUGUUAAAUAACAUCCUCUUUCAAAUCAUCAUGCAAAUUAAGUGAAGGUUUGCCUUAAAAUUUUGGGGCUCCCACACUUAAGAAGACCUUUAACCCAUCUUCUUUUUAAAAUCCAAUUUUGGGAAAAGGUUGGCUGCUUUCUACAAACCUAUGAAAUUUUAUCAUAAUGCAGAUGGGAGAAUUUGAAAACCAAUCAGUUUUUCCCAAUUUGUAUAUUAUGCUGUUUUUACUCAACCUUUCAUAUUUAUCUUUUUAACAAGGUCAUUGGCCCCACAAAAUUGUGCUCGUAGUAAUGAUUUUUUGUUAUAAACAGUUAUUUUGUUGUGCUUCCUCUUUGUUUGCAUUCCUCAAAUAUUGCUCGUUAAAUUGGCAGUCUGUUAUAGCCUUUUGCUUUUAAUAGGGUUUGCCUGUAGUACAUUCAUGAAUGGUCAUCCCUUAAAGGGGAAGUUCACCCUGGCAUUAAGAUAGUUUUGAUAAAAGCAGCAAAAUAAGAGAAGCAUAUCGGUGAAAGUCUGACGAAAAUCCAUCAAAGGAUAUUAAAGUUAUGAAUUUUUAAAAAUUUUAUAUCGUGACGUCACUUGCGAGCUGCUCUCCCAUAUGUUGUGUGGUGUAAAUUCCAUAAAUUGCCAUUUUUCGCGGUUCUUGAUGAAGGAAAAGAUCUUUUUCAUAGAGGCGUGUGUAAAAGCAUUUGUCUAAUGAUAUUUUAAAGAAAAUGGAGAUUUAUGGAAUUUACAGUACACAGCAUAUGGGAGAGCAGCUCGCAAGUGACAUCACAAAAUUAAAACUUUAAAAAUUCAUAACUUUAAUAUCCUUUAAUGGAUUUUCGUCAGACCUUCAUCGAUACGUUUCUCUCAUUUUUCUGCUUUUAUCAAAACCAUCUUAAUGUCAGGGUAGACUUCCCCUUUAACAAGAUUAUGUGACGCAAAUGUUCUACACAUUCUUAUUUACGAGUUUGUAUGUUAAUUAAUUGCAUUCAUGUAGUUUUCCAAGGUACCUUGACAUAAGAAUAUUUUAAUGCAUUUUCCGUGCAUUUCAGUGAUAGCACUCGUCUCCAAAUUUGACAAAAAGAGAGCCAUUCCAUGAGCCAUAGAAGGUCGUUAUUGAUUUGUAUGCUUGUAACAAUAAUUCAACUAUCUGAGUGACUGAAUGUUUUCACAUAACCUUUUGCCUAAUUUUAAAGAAAUACGUGUAGUGAAAGUGGUAUAUUCAGUAAAGAAACUUGUCUUUUUUCCCUUUUCAA